AUGCUGGCCACAGCCCUCGUUGGCGGCGCGGGAUGGACCUAUUUGCAGCAGGAGGCGUGGUCUCGAGGGACGUUUGUCCAGGCGGCGGCGGUUCUGCUACUGGCGCAGGUGUUUGUGGUCUACGGCAUCUGGUCUCAGUUUGUGUAUCCCUUCUGGUUUUCGCCGCUGCGGCAUCUUCCCACGGCGCCAAACAGCCACUGGUUGUUUGGCCAUGGCAAGAAGAUCCUGGCUGAGAAGCCUGCCGCGCCGUUCAGAGAGUGGGCUUUGAGCAUGCCCAACAACGGCAUCAUCCGCUACUACUGGUUCUUCCACCACGAGCGUCUGCUCAUUACUUCUCCAAAGGCCCUGGCCGAGGUGCUCGUCACGAACAAUUAUGCUUUCCAGAAGCCCGAGAAUGUCAGGACCUUUCUCGGCCGCAUUUUGGGUUACGGUGUGCUGGUGGCUGAGGGAGACGAGCACAAGCGCCAGCGUCGCAACUUGAUGCCGGCCUUUGCGUUCCGACACAUCAAAGAUCUGUAUCCCGUCUUCUGGGACAAGUCCCGCGAGGUGGUCCAGGCUAUGACGGCGGAGUGUGGUGAGCGCGGCGAGGCAGAAUUCGAGGCCGGCGAGUGGGCGUCAAGAGUCACCCUCGACAUCAUUGGCGUCGCCGGCCUGGGCAGAGACUUUCACGCGAUCCAGGACGACAACAGUGACAUCGUCCAGACGUACAAGUUUCUGUUCAAGCCAAAGCCGCCAGCCAAGAUCAUGGUAUUCCUGGGAACUCUGGUGCCCACCUGGAUGCUUUAUCGACUACCGCUGAAGCGAAACAAGGUUAUUGACGAGGCAGCCCAGACGAUCAAGUCCGUGUGCCGGGAUCUCAUCCGAGCGAAGAAGGAAAAGAUGAUGGCCAACAAGGAGCGCACGGAUGUGGACAUUCUCUCCGUCGCGAUAGAGAGCGGCCAAUUCACCGACGAGAACCUAGUGGACCAGCUCAUGACCUUUCUAGCCGCCGGCCAUGAGACGACAUCGACGGCGCUGACGUGGGCCAUCUACGCCCUCUGCCGCUCGCCUGAGAUGCAGACACGGCUGCGCAACGAGAUUCGCGAAAAGCUGCCUUCUACGGACGACGCAGGCGCCAAGAUUACAAGCCUAGACAUUGAUCACAUGCCGUACCUCAACGCGGUGUGCAACGAGGUGCUACGAUUCUUCAGCCCCGUCCCCCUCACCAUUCGUGAGGCCACUCACGACACCACCAUCCAGGGCAUUCCUGUCCGAAAGGGCACUCGUCUCACCGUAUCCCCCUUCGCCGUAAACGUGGACCCAAAACUCUGGGGCUCAGACGCAUCCGAAUUCAACCCUGACCGAUGGCUCUCCACUGACGGACUGUCUGAUGAGAGCAACAAGAGGGCUGCGAGCGGCGGUGCGGAGAGCAACUAUGCCUUCUUGUCGUUUCUCCACGGGCCGCGCAGCUGUAUUGGUAUGAGCUUUGCCAAGGGGGAGUUUGCGUGUCUCUUGGCGGCCUGGAUUGGUCGUUUCGAGUUUGAGCUGGUGAAUAAGGAGGAGAUGGACCUGGAUAAGAUUGAUAUGAGGGGUGGAGUGACGGUGAAGCCAGCCAAUGGGUUGUAUGUGAAGACCAGAGUGGUGCCAGGAUAUUGA